GGUGAAGCAGUUCUUCCUGAUAGAUGUCAAUACACAGUGUGUACGUGCCUUGGUGCUCGUCCCACCUGCACUAUAAAGCUGGUGGCGGCGGGAUGCUGAGCAAAGUCAGCCGGCAAGUCAUCAGACAACUUCACAGUGAGGUUAGACUAAACUAAGCUGUGAAAAUGGUGACGGGAGGUUUUCUGCAAAUGCUGAGGAAAAAGAAAGAGCUCAUUCCUCUGAUCGGCUUCAUGGCUUUCGCCGCCACCGGAGCCACAACUGCCAGCAUUUACUUCCUACUCACCAAGCCUGAUGUCAUCCUAAACAAAAGCAGAAAUCCUGAGCCGUGGGAAACGCUGGACCCAUCCAAGCCGCAGAAGCUCAUCACCAUAAAGCAGCAGUGGAAGCCUGUGGAGGAGGUCCAGAUCGUGAAGGGGCUCACCAAGUAAACACCUCACCCCUCCACGGCGUGACCCUGUCCAUCCCUCCAUCCCUCCAUCCCUCGCUCCCUCGCUCUCUCUCGCCCACGCACCCUCUGCUCACCAGUCUCGCGGAAUCUUUCCCGCACAGACUCGCGCUCACAGGCUCAGUGUGCGGAAACGCUUCUGCUGUAUUGGUGAGAUCUCAUUGCGUGGGCGUGGCUUAGAGUGCUUGUGCUCCCUAUGGGGGUAAGGGGAGGGGUGAUUAUUUGCAUAUAUGUGAUUUGCAUAUAUCUAAUUGAAUAGCAGUGUGCAGAGCUGCACUGUGCUGUUAUGUAAUGAUGUGCUGUGACUGUACAUACUGGUGCUGAAUAAAUGAAUGUUUAACCAAA